AUGGCCAUGCCCAGGAGCAUCCAGUCCGAAGGUGGCGAGCACUUUCAGCCCAAGAGCUUGCGCUUCUGGUUGACUUUGUUCUGCAAUUUCCUCGCUCUCUUCCUCGUUGCUAUCGACCGCACCAUUAUCGCCACUGCGGUCCCCCGCAUCUCGGACGAGUUUCAGGCCCUGGGGGACAUCGGCUGGUAUGGCUCUUCGUACAUGUUGACGACCGCCUGCGCUCAGCUGCUUUUCGGCCGCAUCUACAAAUUCUACGAUAUGAAGUGGACCUUUCUCCUGAGCAUAGUCGUCUUCGAAAUCGGGUCGGUGAUCUGCGGAGCGGCCCCCAACUCGAACACCUUUAUCGCCGGCCGUGCGGUAGCCGGGCUUGGAUCCGCCGGCAUUUUCUCCGGCUGUCUCCUAAUCAUGAUCCCAUUGGUACCCUUGAACCACCGCCCCCUAUUCCAGGGCAUAUUCGGUGGGGUUUUCGGGCUUGCCUCUGUCAUGGGCCCCUUGGUCGGUGGCGGCUUUACCGGCCAAGUGACUUGGCGAUGGUGCUUUUACAUCAACCUUCCCAUCGGCGGGGUUGUCCUGAUUCUAAUGUACCUUUGUUGGAACUCGCCAAAGAAACACCAUGACCUGGUCAACCCGGCGGACCAUAUUAACCGUUUGAACCCCCUGGGCAUGAUAUUCUUACUUCCCGGUAUUGUCUGCCUCUUUCUGGCUUUCCAAUGGGGUGGUUCGACGUACCAAUGGAACGAAUGGCGCAUCGUUCUCCUGCUAGUUCUCUUUGGCCUUUGUACGACGGCCUUUAUUGCUGUGCAGAUCCUCAGACCAGAGAAUGCCACUGUGCCCCCGAAGGUGAUUACCCAACGGAGUGUCGCGUGUGCUACCAGCUUUACCUUUUUCUUGGCAGGGUCUAUGUUGAUGCUCGUCUAUUACAUGCCGAUCUGGUUCCAAACCGUUAAAGCAGUCGACCCGAUGAGGUCGGGUAUCAAUACGCUCCCUCUUGUCCUGAGCCUGGUUAUUUCGAGUAUUAUCUCUGGCGUGGUGACUCACAGGAUUGGGUACUAUGUUCCGUCCAUGUACGUGGGCCCGGCGCUCAUGUCCAUUGGCGAGGGCCUCCUAAGUACGCUCGACCGCAGCAGUCCGACCUCGCACUGGGUCUCUUAUCAGUUCAUCUCUGGCUUCGGCUUAGGAUGCGGAAUGCAAACCGGGUCGCUCGCCGUGCAAAAAGUCUUACCGCCAGAUGACGUUAGCACAGGCGUUGCGAUCAUUAAUUUCGCUCAACAGCUCGGAGGGGCCGUAUUCACCUCGGUGGGCCAGACCAUUCUUACCAACAUAUUAGUUUCAGAACUCUCUCAUCUGCCAGGAUUCGACCCCAAGCUUCUCGUCAGCGAAGGUGCCACCCAAAUAGUCCAGAGAGUUGGACCCGAAAACGCCGACCUCGUCAUCAACGCUUACAACACCGCCAUCCGACACACUUUCCAAACAUCCAUGGGCCUAGCAUUUGCGUCGUUCUUGUGUGCGUUCGGAAUGGAGUGGAAGACUGUCAAGAAAGGCAAGAAGGAGCCCGGCCCGCCCGAAAACCCCCCGCCCGUCGUUGCUGAGGCCAAUACCAUCAGACGAGCCGCCGCACACCACGGACACACCGAGGGAUCCUCGAUUUCCCGCAACCCCUCCCCGCCGACCUAG